GAUAACACAGCUCCCGGCACACACUGAUAUGUGGUAUUAUUAUUAGAAAGGGGAAAGGGGACUGUACAGUGAUUUCUGAUGCGGGGUACACUGGGCUCCACAAGGAUUAACAUUGGGGUGUAGAGUAGGAUCUUGAUCCGAGGCACCAACUGGCUCAAAGCUUUGACUGUACCCAAGAUGCACAGCGCCGCCUCCUCUAUAACCCCGCCUCCCUGCACAGGAGCUCAGUUUGUAAGUUGGUGCCAUGCAGUAAGCAGGCAAUCAACAGGCGCUGGCGUGGACACUGUAAAGGGCAGCGCUCCACUAGUCACCGGGACACAGGGCACAGAUGGGACCAGUAACAGGAAUACUCAGAGAGAUGUCCCCGUCCUCUUUAUUCACAGGAUUGUAUAGAGGAAACUGACAGUAUCCCACAGGUUGAAGCCAUGAAUAAUAUUAAGGUAGAGAAUUUAGAAGGAGAAGAAGAAAAGUAUGUGAUUGGUGUCCAGGAGUAUAAGGAGGAAAAAAUCCCUUCAGAUAUCGGCACAGCAGAUGGGCGCAAAAGCAGAAAUAUCGUGGAAGGACAUCUCGUUUUAUCUCCAGAUGGGGAAAUAAUCGAUAAUGACGGUAGAGGAGAUUCUCCAGGGGCAACCCCUGUUACACCAAUUAUACAGCCAGUAUUUCCGGAUGCAGCGAUCUCAUCUCUUCCCUCUGAUCCUGAGGAAUCUUCAUAUAACUUUGAUGUUGGCACAUCUAUUACAGAACUUAAAGCAGAUAAAAUAUUUCCCUGUCCUAUAGACUCUACAUAUUUUACACAGGACACAAAGGUUAUUACAGAUCAGCCAACUAAUAUAGAUCGGAAACCCUUUCCAUGUUCUGAGUGUGGGAAAUGUUUCAUGCACAAAGGAGAUCUGGUUAGACAUGAGAAAAUUCACACGGGCACGAUGCAAUUUUCCUGUACUUGGUGUGGGAAAUAUAUUACGCACAAAUCCGUUCUGGUUACACAUGAGAGAACUCACACAGGUGAGAAACCAUUUUCAUGUUGCGAGUGUGGGAAAUGUUUUACACAUAAAUCAGCUCUCGUUAGGCAUAAGAGAAUCCACACAGGUGAGAGGCCAUAUCCAUGCUCUGAGUGUGGGAAAUGUUUUAUGAAUAAAUCACAUCUGGUUACACAUCGGAGAACUCACACAGGUGAAAAACCAUUUUCAUGUUCUGAGUGUGGGAAAAGUUUUAAAGAGAGGUCAGAGCUUUUUCAACAUCAGAAAACUCACACAGGUGAGAAGCCAUUUCCAUGUUCGGAGUGUGGGAAAUGUUUUAGAAACAAAUCAACACUUAUCAGACAUCAGAGACUUCACACGGGAGAGAAACCAUUUUCGUGUUCGGAGUGUGAGAAAAGUUUUGCACACAAAUCAGAUCUGGUUACUCACCAGCAUCAUCACACAGGUGAGAAACCCUUUUCCUGUACUGAGUGCGGGAAAUGUUUUGUUCACAAAUCAGCUCUUGUUAAACAUCAGAGACUUCAUACAGGUGACAAACCAUUUCCAUGCUAUGAGUGCGGGGAAUGUUUUACACAGCAAUCAAGUCUUAUUACACAUCAGAGACAUCACACAGGUGAGAAACCAUUUUCCUGUUUGGAGUGUGGGAGAUGUUUUGCGCAUAAAUCAGCUUUUGUUAAACACCAGAGAAUUCACACAGGUGAAAAGCCAUUUUCCUGUCUGGAGUGUGGGAAGGGUUUUAUACAAAGAUCAAGUCUUCUCACACAUCAGAGAUCUCACACAGGAGAGAGACCAUUUUCAUGCUCUGAGUGUGGAAAAUGUUUUAUGCAGGCACCAGAUCUUGUUACACAUCGGAGAAUUCACACAGGUGAGAAACCAUUUUCCUGUUUGGUGUGUGGGAAGUGUUUUACACACAGUUCAAGUCUUGUUACACAUCAGAGAACUCACACAGGUGAGCAACCAUUUUCCUGUAUGGAGUGUGGGAAGUGUUUUAAACAAAGUUCAAAUCUUAUUGCACAUCAGAGCUCUCACACAGGAGAGAGACCAUUUUCAUGCUCUGAGAGUGGGAAAUGUUUUACACAGAAAUCCAAUCUUGUUACACAUGAGAAAACUCACACAGGUGAAAGGCCAUUUCCAUGUUCUAAGUGUGGGAAAUGUUUUGGACAUAAAUCACAUCUCGUUACACAUCAGAGAACUCACACAGGUGAGAAACCAUUUUCUUGUUCUGAGUGUGGGAAAUGUUUUGCUCAGAAAUGCAAUCUUGUUAUACAUCAGAAAACUCACGCAGGUCUAAAGCCAUUUCCAUGUUCGGAGUGUGGGAAAUGUUUUGGAUAUAAAUCAACUCUUGUUACACACAAGAGACUUCACAUGGGUGAGAAGACGUCUUAAUGUCAUUGUAGGAAAUGACAGAAAUCAAAUCCAGUUAAGGCAAACGUUAUUCUGACACGUGCAGAGGGAAAACUUUGUGAUUACAUGUGAAUCCUAUUUAAUCUGAAGAAUAAAUCGCACCUGACCCCUCA